AUGAAACAAUGCAUAGCAAGGUUGUAUAGCAUAUAUUUCAAUUCUUCAAGGUUAUGCAACUCAACAACUAUAUCUCAUAUAUCAUAUCAAACGACAUCGAUACGACGGUUUUCUCAGCACUUGACGUUACAUCAGGAAAUAAUCAGAGGUAAAUCACCACCGACACCGAAAGAUUCCAAUCAGAGCAAGUCACUAAACACCAAUCAGCAUCAAAGCACUACGGAUUCUGGAAAGGUUAAAGAUACACCACAUUUACAAAUAAUACAUAACGAGUUGAAUGAUAAGAUAAAACCAGGUGAUGCUAAAAUAAUACCAGAAGGAUCAAGUCAAGAUGAAUUUUUGACAACAAUUUUUGAUAAUUUAGAACCAUAUUUGGAUACUUACAAAGUAUAUUCAAGAUUAAAGGAAGCUGGAUUUACAGAUGAACAAAGUGAUCAAAUAAUACAUUUAUUAAUUUAUCAAUUAAAUUCUAAAUUAUCCAAGCUAUCAACAAUCUAUGCUCAAAAAUAUGAAUUGGAAAGUGAACAAUAUUUAUUUGAGAGUGCACAACAAGAAAUACGUGUAGAUAUAACAAGAAGUAGGGAACAACAUGUUAAUGAGUUGAUUACGUUAGUCAAUAUUUUGGAAAGAGAUUUCAAUAUAAUAACAGAUGAACUAAAUAAUGAUUAUUUAAAGUUGAAAAAUGAUUCAAAAGUUGCAAUUGAAGAACAAAAAUCUGAUAAUACUUUAAAUGUUAAAAAAUUAUAUUUAAGAAUUCAAGAAACAAAUCAUAAAAUUACAACUGAAUUAGAUUCUCAUAUAAGAUCUGAAAUUGAAAGUUUAAGGUGGUAUUUAUCAAGAUGGGGUUUAAUUACUUUAUUUGCAUCAUUAUUUGUAACAAGUUUAAUAUUUUUCAGUAAGAGAUUCCGAAUGGAAAAAGAUGAAGCUAAAAAGGAAUUUGUUCCAUUGGUAAUAAGAGAGCCAAGUGAAUAUGAUGAAGAUGAUUAUCAUACAGAUUUAGAUAAAGACGAAGUAUAG